AUGGCUUCGGUAGAGAACAAGCGUGCGCUAGGCGCCCCAUUCUACACGCCCGAGCAAUCGCCCCCGGCAGGCACCGCGAUCGACCCGGCCACAGCGCCGACGUUGUACCAACCGCUCAAGAUCAGGGAUAUGACGCUGCAGAACCGAUUCGCGGUAUCACCCAUGUGUCAGUACAGUGCUGAUGAUGGUCACCACACCGAUUGGCACUUCUCGCAUCUUUCGCAGUUCAUUAUUCACGGUGCAGCUCUCACCAUCGUUGAGGCUACCGCUGUCCUUGCGAAUGGUAGAAUCACACCUGAAGACUCUGGCUUGUGGAAAGAUAGCCAGAUCGCGCCGUUGAAGCGCAUCGUAGACUUCGCCCACUCGCAAGGCCAGAAAAUUGGUAUCCAGCUAGGUCAUGCCGGUCGUAAGGCGAGCACGUUAGCACCUUGGUUACAAUCGGGUGGAAAGCACGGGAUCGUGGCCUCCAAAGAGCAUGGUGGCUGGAGUGAUAAUGUGUGGGCGCCCAGCGCAAUCCCCAUUGCCGAGGACGACUACGCGAUGCCUAAGGAGAUGACCACCGACGACAUCAAAGAGCUUCUGCAGGCAUUUAAGGAUGCUGCACGGAGGGCCGUCGAGGCGGGGUUCGACACCAUUGAGAUCCACGGAGCCCACGGCUAUCUAAUCACGAAUUUCAUGUCACCCAUCACGAACCACCGGACGGAUAACUAUGGUGGCAGCUUCGAGAACCGCACGCGGCUGCUCUUCGAAACCAUCGCCGCCGUGCGCGAGGUCAUCCCCGCUUCAAUGCCCCUGUUGCUGCGUAUUUCGGCGACGGAGUGGAUGGAGUACGCUGACCAGCCCAGCUGGACACUCGAGGAGAGCAUUAAGCUAGCCAAGCUACUUCCCGCUGCCGGUAUCGACUUGUUGGACGUCAGCUCAGGCGGCAACAACGACGCCCAGAAGAUUAAAAUCCACCCGUAUUAUCAGAUCGAUCUCGCAGCCAAGAUCCGCGAGGAGUUGAAGAAGGAUGGAAUUGACCUACUCCUCGGCGCCGUGGGCAUGAUCAGCAAUGCCGAAAUGGCAUACUCUAUUGUUCAGGAAGGCAAGCACGAAGCCAAUGGAUUUUCCACCGAGGAGGGACAUACCAGCAAAGCCGAUAUUGUGCUCAUGGCCCGGCAGUUCCUUCGCGAACCGGAAUUCCCGCUGCGGGUUGCGCACCAGCUUGGUGUUGAAGUAAAAUGGCCCAUUCAAUACCACCGUGCUGGAUGGAGGAAGAAUCAGAAGAUUUAG